GCGCACACCACUUUUCCUCUCCAUGUCAUCACUUUGCUUUGUCGACAGACUGAACGCACCAUAUCACGGUCCGGGAAUGGGAUCUUUGCUGGGUUCAAAGAAAAGCUUCCAGUUCUUUCGAAUUUACGCGCUGCAGAAGCUGCUGUUCAAACUGCAGGGAUAGUUGUUGCGGCUGGUGCAAGGUGACAACACACAGCAUCUGGCCAAAGACCUCCAAGACCCACCAGGAGUUGUCUGAUCAUCAGGAGGUUUCAGACGCGAGGAAUACAUACAAAAUUUAAAAGCUGCAUCUGCAUAGUUGGAUUUUUAAAAUAUAUAUAUUUUAGAUCUAACUGUGCGUAAAGUUGGAAAAUUUGCGCGCAGAGGCGGCCAACUCAAGAAAGUGUUGAAGAGCACAGAUUUAUUGCCCUGUUCAAUUUGUGAAGUGUUGAUUCCUUGACAGCCAUGGCAAAAUGGUUCAAAGAUUUCCCCAUCAAUCUGAAAAACGGAAACGAAAGGGUCCGCUCGGCCUCUGAAUCUGGUCCACAAACUCGACCCAAACCAACGUUCUCACGAGAAAGUUUGAAAGGAAAUCAUCGUAAAGAUGGAGGAGUUGGAGGUUUGCUGGCAGGGAGAAACAGGAAAAAUUCGGCUAUUGAACUGGGUCGUAACAAUGCUGGUUAUGGCGGGGCUGUCUGGGACAGUCUCACAACUGGGAAAAGUCGGAAGAAUUCCAAAAUCGAGACUGGGACAACGGAUGAGAACCGCCCGGUGAGGACAGCGAGUCUGGCACAAGCUUACAUUAGCAGGAUGAUCAAGGUGGAAAAACAGGACAAGACCCCCAAACUCAACGGGAUAAGUGAACAGAAGCUGGCCGAUAACGAAAAGGGAAAACCAGACAUAAAAACUACGUUGAUUAUCCUGGAGGAUUAUGCAGACCCUUUUGAUGCAGAGAAAACCAAGGAGCAGAGAGAAGCUGAGAGAGCAGGGGUCAAUGAUGGGUACAUGGAGCCAUAUGACGCCCAGGUCAUUAUCACAGAUGUUCGUAGACGGGGCUCCAAAGACCUCUUGAAAGUGUGUGUACUUCUGGACCGAGGUCAGAAAGAGGGUAAAGGAGAGGAGGGAACGCUUUCACCCCCUAACAUCUAUGACACACCUUAUGAAGGAGGACUGGAGGGCGACAGUGAGGGGGUGUGGAUCCCUGUCACGCGACCAGAGUCAGACGUCCGUCCGGCUGGGGAGUAUGAACUGCCCUGGGAGUGGAGAAAGGAGGACAUUGUUAGAGCAUUGUCAGCUCAGUUUGAGGCAGUGGAUUGUUCCUCCAAUAAAGAGAGCAUUUCAACCUCUGGCCGACAGCAGCAACAGCAGCAGCAACAAACCCUGAGACAAAGGAACUGGAGCCAUAAGACUCUUGUCUCGACUUCUCCAUCGACUUCCACUUCAUCAUCUUUCCCAUCCUCUCCUAUUCUAAAACUUUCCCCCCUUACAUCACCAUCUCCUGCUUACCCUACGCUGAAGCUCUCACCUCUCUCUCCUUCAUCCAGCCCUACCAAACUUUCCCCACCAUCUCCUACUUCCCCCAGUGCCCCACUGGAUGGGGAGACAGUCAAAAUGGACUCCAGCCUGCCUCUGGAGAAACAGAGUUGGUACCAUGGCAGUGUGAGUCGGCAGCAGGCUGAGGCUCAGCUACAGCGCUGCAGGGAGGCCAGCUUCUUGGUGAGAGACAGCGAAUCAGGAACCAGCAAAUACUCCAUCGCUCUGAAGACAAGUCAGAGCUGUGUGCACAUCAUCGUGGCCCAGACUAAGAGCAGUAAGGGCUUAGGCUACACACUGGAUCAGAGCAGUUGCGUCUUCUCCAGUAUCCCUGAGCUGGUCUACCACUACUGCACACACAGACUGCCUUUCACGGGAGCAGAGCACAUGACCCUGCAGCAUCCAGUUCAUAAGCCACACUGAACCUUUGUAAAAAUGAACACAUGUAUGUUCAGAACCCGGCCACACACAAUACAUUUAAUGGAUUUUUAUUUUUGUGUCGCCUCCAUGUGCCACCUAGUGGUCAAUAUUAGACAUUACAAAUUGGUCUCAUUGUAAUGUAGACCUUUCCCAAUUACAGCGGCAAACACACAUACACAUUUGUACACUUGAAACAUUGUUUAAUCUACAGGUUCUACAGCAUCAUGCAGAGCAAAUGAAUAUCUAAUACCCACAAUGGUGCACACAAAACAAUGCAAUUCCUACAACAAAUGUCAUAUGUGCAACUGUAUGAUGCUCAUAAUUUUCUCAUGACAUAAUUAAUUAGCAUACCCCCAUCCACUUAGGUUCCACCUGUAAGAUCAAUACACCUAAUUAAAGUCUGUGCAGGCAUCCAUCUGACUUGUCAAUCAGCCAAUUGGCCUCUCCUCAGAAUCAGGCUCAUUUUCAAACACUGUUUCUGUCAAGAGAAAUAGCUUUAUUGAUUUGAUGAUUAAAGUGAGUAAAGUGGGAGGGGUCUCAUAACACUGCAGAGAAGAGUCAGCAAAACUGUUGCAGCAUGUAAAGACAUUGAAUCAGGCUUCUUUUCAUUGUAGUUGCAAUAUAAAGUCUUGGUUAUGGUGGCCCUGAGGAAACAGACAACAUUAGACAAAACACAACAUGUCUCAGACAGCAAACAGGAAGUUUUGCUUUGUUUACUCAUCUUCUACCUCUCAGACAAGUCUCACAAAAUUUGACUUAAUAAUUUUUAUGUCAUUUAAGAAAAAGAAGAGUCACUGAUUAAAUACACUUAUCUCAGCUGCUUUAAAGAAAAAUAUUAAUUUCAGAGAAGACAGCAGAUAUAAACAGAAAACAAAGCAAAAUCAGCCGUGAGACUCAUUUUGCUUUUUGAAAUGCUGGUUUUGGUUUGUGAAGUGUUGUCCUCUGUGUGCAGAAAUGUAUCAUGUCUUUUGACGUUUUGUGUUUUCUCAAGCGUUGUUGUUCUUUGAAAUGAAAUUUUGUUGUUGCCUUUUGAGAGAUGUUGUAUUUCACUCUCUGUUUUUUUGUGUUUCUGUUGUUGUGUUUUGUCUCAUGUUGUGUUUUGCAAGUCAGGGCCAAAAUACUUUUUUUUAAAUUCUUUUUCACUGUAAAUCUAUUUUACUUCAUUGUGAAUAAACUGAAAUGCUUUAUCCAAAAAAUGCACCUAUGCAUAAAAACUACAUGUAGAAAAUGACCGUUGGAUAUUGUCACAUUCUUUAUAUCUCUCAAUAAUGUGGGAUGUAUAUUGUUGUUGUUAAACAUUUAGUAAAUAAAUAAAGUUAAU